AUGUCGCAUCGUGACAUGUUAGUCCAAUGUCUUCAUAUGAGAUCCGUAGCCGCAUUGCAGGACAAACAGAAGUUUUUGCGUUCUCCGGGCCUCACAUAUACUCUAAUAACAAUAAAACAAAGUAAUCGUUCAGCUGUAGAGCCUUUUCGGUGCCUAGCUGCCAUGCUACCCGAAGGAAGCACGAGGGCUGGGAUACUGCCAGGUUGCCCAAGCCUAGGUGAAGUCGAGAGGCAGAGGUCGGGGUCGAACCACGGACCUUCCGCUCCAGCAUUGGCAACUGAUUCUGCUGUUCCAUAUCAAGCCACAUGGUCUGAAACUCCGGAAUACAUACUCCAUGUAACUACCGCAGCCAGUCGUGAUCAACCGCCGUAUCGCGUGGAGGCGCAUGAAUAA